AUGGAGAUGUUUCCGGACAAAAGUCGAGAUGACUUGGUGCGAGCCCUCAGUCUACACGGGACUGUUGGUGCUGUGGCUCUUUCUCUUUCCACUAAUUUACCUGAAGAUGAUUUUAGCAGUGAUGAUGACAGCCUGUUACAGCCUUCUUUUCCCCCUUCAAAAGAGAAAAUAGAUUCCUUGCAGUCAUUGUUAAAGGAGCUUGGGAAGAAUAUGAGUGAAGAGAGAGUAAAAGUAAAAAUGGAGGAGGAGGACAUACUGAACGAUGCAUUGGCCCAUGACAAAAGUCCUGAGUUUGAUGUUAAGAAGAAGCUAAGAAUCCAGUUUAAAGGCCAACCAGCAGUGGACACAGGUGGUGUUACAAGAGAAUUUUACACAAAGUUGUUCCAAGUCAUUUGCAAGAUGUUCUUUCAAGGCUGCAAAUACAAGAGUCCUGUGUACAGUGCAGAUAUUGUAGCCUCCGGACUAAUGCGAUACUUUGGCACCUUCAUUGUUCACAGUAUUUUACAAGGUGGCCCAGGCUUCCCAGUGUUGAGUCCUUCAGUAUACUGUUACAUUGCUUCUGGUAAUAUUGAUGCAGCAAUGGCCAAGAUGAAUUAUGGAGAUUGUUCAGAGCCUGUUAAGCAUUUCAUUGACAAGGUACAAACUGGACAUUUGAGUGCAUUCUAAAAUUACUGACUGAAAGGGAGCUUGUAAUCAAUUGAGUAGAAUACAGUACUUUGAUUGUGACUCGAACAUCUUUCAAUUCACCUAUGAGUAUACAAUCACUACAAUGUCAAGUAACAUCAUAAUCAUGACCAUGGCAUUACAGUUCUGUUUGUAAAAAUUAUCUCAAAUUUGUGCCUACUUCUUACUAUUGCUUCUAAUAACAUAUGCAAAUAUGCAGUACAGAUGAAAUAUACAUGUAAUGAUGAUAUUGCCAACAAUCAGCACACAAUAGCAAUAAAAUUACUAUGUUUAUUUACAGAGCAAAGUUUACAGUCAACUUAAUUGAAAACCACUCACAUCAGAUUUUAUUUUUUUAUCAAUACUAGGUUGCACAAGCUGAAGAUGUGUGUAGUCUUGACAAAGAAGAAUGCUCAAGUAUGUUGUCUGAGUGUGGCCUUGCUGUUGCAUUAACAGUAAGUUUGAAUUGACUAGCAUUGUUGCUUACUGUGAGAACGACCAUUUAACUAGAAUACACUGAAGGUGUCAUUCAUCUGUUCAGUAGUUUGCUUGGUCAGUCAGUCAGUCAGUCACACUCCUACAGUCAGUCAUUCACUCACUCAUUUGCUGACUCACGUAUUCAUUCAUUCUAGAACGACAGCAAGAUGAGGGUUAUUCAGGGAUCAUUAUACAUGAUGUAA